AUGGGCCAAAUACCUGAUAUUCAACCUGGUCCUGUAUCUAGUGAUCCUGAAAAGGGUACUUUAUCAGCAGCAGUAAAAACAAGACAGAUUCAUGUUUGGAGUGCAGGAGGCGAUGGCACUGUCAUCAGUGUCUUUGAACUAUUGGUCUCAAAUAAAAUAGACUUGGACCUCGUAUUCUUUUCAUGCAUUCCAUUUGGUACUGGUAAUGAUUUUAGUCAGGUUCUUGGUUGGGGUCGCACAAUACCAGAUAAAAACAUUCUUGGAUCAAAAUUACAGAAUCUCGAGGAAUUGAUCUCAGACAGAUUAGAAAAAUCAGAAGCUGCUAGACUAGAUAUUUGGCAGAUCAAGAUGGUCUCUUAUCCCUCAGGUUACAUUCGUGAAGCUGGUCCUAAAGAUAGAAAAGACGGCCAUGAUGUCGCUGAAGUAAAAGGCUCUGAACAAAGCUCUUUGAAGGAAGAUGUAUUGACUCGAAAAAUGUCUAAUUACAUUAGUUUAGGUGUUCAAGGAUAUGUUGGUUCUGGCUUUGAGGCACAUCGUGCUGGUCAUCGCUUGGGUAACAUGUUUGUAUAUGCACAAGAAAGCUCAAAAUGGGUAUUUUGGAGACGUUUUCCAAACCUUACUCGGUUUAUCAAAAGCUUUAGUCAAGGAGAUCAAGUCGUUUUGAAUUGCCCUUCACCAGAAGAGAAACAAGAACAGAAAGCAACAUCUAAUGUACCUGAAAUUACCAAGGACCCUAUCGACAUGGUAAUCCAGAACAUACCUCAUAUCUGGGGUAGAGAAGUUGAUUUAUGGGGCGAAGCUAAAUCUGGUUUGGAAGCAGUAACCAAUCGUUCGGGACCGACUGAUCCUGAAAACUGGAAACCUCAACGUGCUAAUGAUGGCCGAUUGGAAGUUAUGACCAUUGAAAACAUGACAAGCUACCUGAAAAAAUUGGCUAACAUAAGAGAACAUGUAUCCCGUAUUGGUCAGUUUAAUUCUCCUUUUGAAAUUAACUUUCGUGAACCUGAAGAUCACAUGAAAGAGAUGGACAAAGUAUCAAAUAAUUCCUCUGCUUGGACCAAGACAAAAGCAUUUGUCAAAGACAAGAAGCGACACAAGUAUGACAAGAAGAAUGUUAUGUGUAUCAUGUGUGAUGGUGAAUUUUAUGAAAUGAAGGACCCCAAACAAAUUAAAUUUGAGCGCUAUGCUCAGAUAUGGACGUUAGGUAGAAAUGACGAAGAAAAUCAAGGCAGAUUAGUCAAAGAUGAACUAGAUUCCCAGCAAGAAAACAAGUAA